GAGCCAGUCGGAGCUUACAUGUCACAUAGGACCCAAUGGAACGAUUUCACUUUAUCAGUAGCAGAGCUAGGCUCCAUUUAGGCAUCUCAACCGAAUUGAAUUUUAGAGUUACAUACUUUUUAAACGUAUCAUAAUGGUGAACCUUCAAGGCAACACCCGGAUGAUGGUAAACCGCUACAUCGAGCUCCUGCGAGCCCGCAUUCAGUGUGCUCCAACACGUCACAUCGCAGAGCGGCAUCGACGCGUGCCUUACAAGCGGCGUCAGUAUUCUGAGCAGGCGGUUAGGGAACGGGAAAAGGCGGAUAGCUACCACAAGAACAAGCGGCGCUCCAUGUGGGAGCAGACCCAAUCCUACGGCGGACGAUUCUCAGAGCCAGAGGAUCAUAAACGCGUGGACAGCAAUCAGUAUCGGCCCAAAAAGCUGGAGCAACGCAGAUACAACUGCACCUGGAACGAUUUCCCAAAGAAAGUAGUGGAAAAGCAAUGCAACCCAUACACUCCGCCGUUAGAGGAGGAGGCACCGAAGCGGCGUAGAUCUCCGGGGGAUCGCCCUAACACUGCCAGGCCCUUCGACGACGAGGCAGCUGCCUUCAUCAACCAGUGGGACAGUAACACUGCCAUGAUAAAUCGGAACAAGUAUGUGCGGUCCACUGACUCCUGCCCAACGCCAUUGGUGAAUCGUGAUUUUGAGUGUAUACUGCCAGACCGAAAGCGGAUGUUUCAAUACUAGUCCGGCUCGUAUUCAACUGGCUUGGGUGGGUUCCAACGCCAGUAGACGCACAAGUUCAGAAAACAUGCGAUGUUCAAGAAUCAAAAUUAUAUCAAGUGUACGUCAAAGUCCAGACUUUCAAUAAAUCUACCAUGCAAAUUUUAAACUA